AUGGCUUUCCCCAAGAUUUUCUUCCUGCUGUUUUCGGUGGCAGUGCUAUCACCUUCAAGCGUCCAUAUGAGCCAAGCAGCUCGCCACCUUUUGGACACGCCAGCACUACCCGUCCCUACCAUCCCAUCUCUGCCGCAGACCACAUUGCCACCGUUGCCUUCAGUGCCAACUCUUCCCAAGAUGACAUUGCCUCCGUUGCCUUCAUUGCCAACACAGCCCAAGGCCACCUUGCCACCCCUGCCCUCUAACCCAUUGCCUACUCUUCCAACUGCUCUUCCUCCAAUGCCAAGCUCUCAAAUUCCAUCUUUGCCAAAAUCAGCAAUGCCCACUCUUCCCACAACACUACCUCCAUUGCCAGCCAACCCACUGCCAUCACUUCCCACAACAAUCCCUUCAAUCCCAACUAUUCCAUCAACUAUUCCAAGCAUUCCAUUCCUCUCCCCACCCCCAUCAAACUAA